UUGGGAGGAUUAUCUUUGCAACUUUUCCUGGACUUUUAAUAAUGCGCUAUCACUGCCUUUAAAAACACAGAAAUAACACAUGAAACAGUAACACUUUACAAUAACCGUAACUUAUAAAUAAGUGGUAAACAGAUAGUUUAUUAAGUUUAAUCAAAAUUUAUAAAUAGCAUAUAGACCAUUAAUAAAUUGUAAAUUUGACAAAUUUAAAAACCUAACUUUACAAUAACAUCUAAGUCAUGUUUAUAGAUGGUUUAUAAACCACUUAUUAAUCACUUACAAAGUAUUACAAGCAUCAGUUGCAACUUUACAAUAACCAUCUAAGUAAUGUUAAUAGAUGGUUUAAAAAACAAAUAUUGAUUGAUUGAUUGAAGUUUAUUUUGAACAUAUAAAAAAGAAAUAACAAUAAAAAAAGUAAAGAACACAACAACAAAUGACAAAAAGUUAUUCGAGUUCAAAAAGGAGUGGGAAGAAUCCGAGAUUUAUCUAGUCCCACCCCAUAUCUACACUAAUGGUUUAAAUAUAUAUCAUAUAUAUCAUUAUGUAAUAAUAUUAAUCAUCAUAGUAAUAAUAGCAAUAAAAAAUAAAAAUCACCCAGGAAAUAUUAACCAUUUACAAAGUGCGGCUGACACACAUUUUAAUCUAGAUGUGUUACAUCCAAUAUUUAAACCCUAUAUAAACCUUUAAAAGAUAAUCCAAUAAUAAUUAAUGAAAACCAUUAAUCAUAAUUCCAUUGCUUGUUAAUGGUAAAGUAAAUAUUAACUUACAUUAACAAACUAUGUAUUUGCCAUUUAUAAUUGGUCUAUAUGUUGUUUUACAUGAUGAUUAAACAUUAAAUAACAACCUAUUUACCAUUUAUAAAUUAUGGUUAUUGUAAAGUGUUACCCAUAAAACUUAUCAUAUUUUAUGCAAUUUUAUACACCGGUUGCUUUUAGAUUCAUCCUGCCUCUCAUUCAAAUAAACUAUUCUUUAAAAAUCAUAAAUAUCCUAGAUUUUUUCCUGGAGUAGCUACAAAAGGAAAUUGUCGCUGUCUUUUGUAUUGGUAUAGAUGUGCAGAUCUAAAGCCCUAUAUCACAGUUUGAAAAAGUCCUUGGGGGGGAAGGGCGCAGACACGGCAAUUGGCUUUCUGAGGCUGCCCUUUCCAAACAGGUAUCACUUUAAUAGUGAUUAAAGUGGAAUUAGGCUCCAACAGGUCACUGCAGCAGCAGUGCAGAGAUCGAUAAUAGUUUGGAAAACACCUUUGCAAUAGAUUAAGGUCCUAACUGCACAGCCGGCACCGUGCGCAAACAUCACCCUCAUUUUUGGCAACAUACAGAGCAAAAACAUGCAAGUUCACAACCACGGAUUCACACACAAACUACUACAAAAAUAGUGCGACUCCUUCAGCCCAGAGGCUGGGUGACAGAGCUGUGAGGGCCAGCGCUGUGUUUGGGCAGCAACAGAGGCAGAUGCAGCGCUCAGGGGCCUGAGGGCAUCGCUGGGUAUUCAAGCUUCACUGGGCCUCUUCAUCAGUGCCCUCUGAUGCCUCAGACCCAUGACCAACCACACAUACACACACACACAUACUCCCAGCACAGUCAGUCAGGCCAUUCCAGCCUUUUGGACGAGAGGGGAAUUUGGAAGGAAGUAGAACAGCCUCAUUGAGCGCAGACACAGACAAGUUAGACCGAGAAAACUGUAGAGGAUGUAGGUUAUAGUGGACUGUGUCUCUUCUGCUGAUCCUAAUGCUAGGGGAGUAUCUAGGUUAGCUCUUUCUGUGUGCAUGUGGGUAUUUAUGUGGGUAUUAUCUGCCUGGGAAAAGACGAAUUCAUGACACAGCACAAAGAUGGUCUGUACAACAUCUCAGCUCCACUUUAUUUGAACUGCUGAAUAUUAGACACAAAAUGGGGUGGGUGUACAAAUCACAUUAUAAAGGAAAGAUGCAAAACUUGCAAAAUACACCUGAACCUACCAGAAUCCAAUUUUUGAGACUGUUAUUAUUACACCAUUUAUCAACAACAAAUACGCCAACGUAGUCAACUUUGGGGCUUGAAUUAGAAUAAGUUUUGUCCGAUAUUUUGCACCAACAUGCUCCAGAAGACUUUGUAUUUAAGACCAGCUGCAUUUUAUUUGACACUGCAUUGCAUUGCCAAUCAGUUUUAGUGAAGAAACAGUCUGUGUGUGAGCGACGUUAAGCUGCAAGUGUAGACAAGGGCACAACACAGGCUGAGUUUGGUGCUGGAUUUUGGUGAACACAACUUAUUUAGUGGUCAGAACUGGUGAAUCAUGAGCUUAAAGUAAGUAUCAGAACUGCUACCAAUAGGGGGGGAAAUGGUACAAAAUAUACAGUUUAAGUUUAUCAGCCUGAUAAAAGGAAAAUCUUAUUCUAAUAUAUAAUUUAUCUGAUAACAAACGACAGACAAAAACGGUUUUAUCUCACUUUUUGACAAGCCUUCGCAUUUUAACGCAGUGGGUGGUGGAGUAACAUCCUCUAUUAUGAGCACAGAGGAGCAAAUGCAGCCACACUGAGCAGAUGAGAGUAAAAAACAACGCCCUUGGUGUUUAUGUUUUUCACUAUCUACAACUACAACUUUUAAAAAAAGAAAAAAAAAUGCUGAUAAGUCACAGUCCGAGAGUUUGAACUUUGCAAAAGUUCACAGUCCUUAUUGCAAUGAAGAUGGCAGCUAGCAUGUCUGCUAUUAAGACCCUAAGAGGUGUAAAGCUACUUCAACGGGUGGGUAAAAACUGAUGAGAGUUCACAAGAGACAACCCAAGAACUAAAGCAUCAACAUCACUUCAUUUAGCAUCUAAUAACGCAGCUUAAGUUUUAUCACCAGCAUACUGACCUCUGUUGGAUUAAGACUUUGGCAUGAAAAAUACAUUAUUGCAUGUGCAGGAGAGCAUGCUCCAGUUUACAGAGUCAAGCAGAACUUGAACUGGGAGCAGGUUACCAUCAGGUAUUGUGAUAUUGGCAAAAAAAAAUCCAUAUUGUGCAUCCUGCAUUCAAUCUUACAAUGUAAUCCUGGUAAAGAAUAAUUCAGUCAUGCUUCAGCUGUUAUGUAACAUGUUAUAUUUAAGUGUACAGAAGAAGUUUUCCAUUCUGCAGCCUUAAAAGAACAUGAACACACAGCUUUUACAUGCACUCACUUUAUAUCUCCCUGCAUCUCUCUAAAUUGCCUUAUAAUCGGUACAUAUCGUCCCCUUUGUCCUAAUGUUUCUUUCAUGCUCAGUCUCUUCCUGUUUCCACCCUCACGCAAACACACACACACACACACACAUGCACAAGCGCACAUCUCAUUUUGUAUCCGAUAUGUCAGUUCAUGCAGAAAAACACAGGGGGAGCUCUCUUUUUAAUCCCAGGGAUCAAAAAACAGCAAAAUGCAAUAACCUGGGACAAAAGUGCUGACAUCUGAAGAUGAGUCCGGCUUUCAGACAGACUGAAACAAAAAGGAGAGCCCCCUCCUCCAACACACACACACACACACACACACACACACACACUCCCUGUCUCACACACACACAGACACAGAUAGCAGUCACUCCUCUUAUAUUCUUUUUAGACUGAUCCUCUUAUUCUCCCUCUUCCCUUUCCCUCAUUUUCAUUCUUCACUCCCCCAUUUAUCCUCACAUUUUAUCCCAACACUUCACCCAUUUUUCCUUUCAUGUCGCCCUGUCUGUUAAACCACCACCAUCAGCAGCAGCAGCAGCAGCAGCCUGCAGAUUAUCUCUGUCUUCCUCCCUCUUCUACGGUCACCUGUCCUCCUCUUCCUCACGUCUACUCUCCACUUAUAACCCUCUCUCUCCCUUCUCCUCACUUCAUCUCUUCUCUCUCCCUUGUUUGCAUACGGCCUCGCUCGGCUCCUUGAUUAGUAAGAUCGACCAGCGAAGGCCUGCCAGACACUCGGUUAAACUGUCCAAUGAGUCUUUGGAGAGGCUCCUAUAUGAAAAGAGGAGCUGAAUCAUGAGCUUCAAUUACAGAUAACACACUCCCACCCUUGCAUUUCAAACGGCGUUUAAGCAGAGAGGGAGGCGGCGCUAAUGUUAGCAGGUAGCACGUAGGGUCUGAUUUGAAGGUUGAGGAGGUAGCGCCGAUAGAGAAGACGUAAUAGACUCUGCAGAGCGGAAGAGUCUCUUCUUCUGGUCAAAUUAUUCAAUGUGUGACUCCCUCGGACUCUUAUGUAAUUGUGAAUUUGUGCACGGCUGCCUCCUCAUAGCCAGCCUGAGCAGUCUAGUGCAGAGCCAUAGGGACUAAAAUAGUUAGUCAUGUGUUCAUUAUCGCUAUCCUCUUUUUUUAAGUGCUCACCCCCGGAUCCAGGAGCGUCAAACAGGGUGGACCUCUGAGUGGGUCUGUGCAUGUGUGGAUUGUGGAAGUGAGAGAGAGAGAGAGGGGCAGAAUUUGAGGGGAAUGAGGUUGUGGGAUUGUGAUAACUUCAAAGGUUAUUAUUAUUAUUACUGCGGGCUGAAGCCAUGCUCUGGCAUCCCUCAAGCUUUGAUCAUUAUGUAAAGCUGUUGUGCUCAGCGCUGGCACUGAAUACAUUACAGAGCGGAUAACGGACGAGCGCACAGACCGACAUAUUGACUCAGCUGCUAAGUUCCACCCGACUUUAAUAUAACACACCCCCUCCUCGUCUCUAAAGGACAAUGAAAGUAUGUGUUUUAUCUAAUCUCACCUUGACGUGUGAUCUGGAUGUAAAGAUGGUUUCGAGAUACUCCACACUGCUAUCUGUGGUGCUCGAAGGGACACUCCAGCAGUUUUGCACCUGAGGAUUGCUGUAACAGUCGCAAGUACAAGUACAAGAGACACACACGCACAGCCUGCCAGAACAGUUGUAUAAAGUCUAUUUUCAACCUGAAGAAUUUGUGCAAACUCUGAGGGAAACGGUGAUAUCAUCAAGGUUAUCUCUGCUUCAAAACUUUCCAAAACAUGAUCGUAAAAAAAAGGAGGCUGAAACACCGCAGUUCAGAGCGAGAUAAACCUUCUUCGAGUCAUUUUAUCCUCAAUAGCUUCCCGCAGGAUGGAGUUUAACGUCUAAUUCUUAUAUUUAUCACAUAAAAGCUGCUAUAUUCUCCACAUUAUGACAGCAUUAUCUUCAAAAUGCACACAUCACUCCAUGAAAGCACCACAAGCAUGAGCUUAUUAAGAUUUUGGGCUGUUCAUGAGUCUCAAUCUGUUCAUUUGAAUGUUGCAUUAAUCUGCAUAUGAAAUUCCCAAGACUUGCAGGCAGAGCUAAAAGCCCAAAAGACUGAAAUGGCUGACCGCUGCCUUCAUCGAUGCAGCAGUAAAUAAAAGCCAACUGUUGAUCUACAACCCUACAUUGGAUUACCGAGCCUGUAACUGAUUAAUUGUUUGCCAAACUUAAGCCCAGAUUUCCUUAAGCGCAAGGUCACAUCCUCAGGUACCUUGUUAUUGUUCCAAUCCAAUGAUGCAGUUACAAUCACAUGAGGGAGAAGAAGAAGCACUUCCUUAUGUUAGGUUUAAGACCUAUAAUCGUCCGGCCGCUCGACCGGCACCGAUUUCCUCAAUUUUGGGGGAAUGGUGAUCAGCUGAUCCUUACACAGAAAACUGAUUUAUCCACCGAUCUGAUAAACCUCAGCAAAGUCAGCCAUUGUAGCUUUUUGCUUUUACCAGAACGACAGGCCCGCCCACCAGUUCAGUUUGUCCUGUAGAUUAUUAUUUUUACUAACUUCCUCAAACCUUGUGAUUUCCUUUAUUUGGUGUGCACUUUAUUUUGGUGAGAGGCUCAAAACAGGUCUACAGUACGAUCUGUUGCACAAGUAUUAUUAAUUUUUAAAAUGUGGAAAAUAAAAGACUAAAAGGAAGUGAUAUAAUUUAGUAGUUUUGACAGCAAUAUUCUAAACUAUUGCUAUUAAACAACUAUUGUUUAAUGUUUUUCAUUAAAAUAAGAUUGGAGUAUCGAAGUAUGUUGUCGGAUAUCGGCCAAAAUUGGUAUUGGCAGUAGGGCCUGACCGAUAUGGAUUUUUUGGGGGUUAAUGCCGAUACCGAUUAUUGGGGAGGAGGGGGAUCGGAUUACCGAUUACUCUGCCAAUUUUCUAAAUUUUUUAUUGUUUUAAAAUUGUGUUAAAUUAAGGAAUAUAUCUACAUAUUUACUAGUUUUUUUAACAAAUGGAUGCUUUUGAGCCUUCCAAACACUUCUUAAAGAAUUAAAGGCAGAAAACUUGUUUCAAAUCCUUUUUACUGCUAAAACAACCGUACUCAGUAACUCAGUAAUAUUCCACAUAGUUAUCAUGAAUCAUACUCAGACCAGAAAAGCAUUUUCAAUGUCGGGGGAUCUCUUAAAAGGGCGGAACGUUUUUGAAGUGAAACCGAAUCUUAUUCUCCGCAUUUCCUUUCUGAAAACAUUGGCGACAAUCGGCGAGUUUCGGCUGAUUUCCGAUUAGUCUCAAACGGGCUAAAACUGGCCCUAAUCGGCAGGCCGAGCUUUUUAAAGAUCGGUGAUUUGUGAUCAGCCAGAAAAUUGUGGUCGGUGCACCCCUACCUAUAAUGUUAAACAUUUUUGUUUGCAAGGUUAUUUAAAUGACUCUUCGUUUGUUUAAGUAGUUGGAGUAUCAUUUUCAGUUUUUGUGGAGUAGAGGGGUUGUUGUUGUUGUUUUCCCCACUAUCCCUUAUGUGUGCUGGGCUGGUUAUUGACUGGAUUUGAUGGUUUGCUCUAAAAGGGAACCACUGCACACUGCUUCUAGGCUAAACAUAAUAAGCAUAGUGGUCUUUAAUCCAUAUUUUAGGACAAAAACCCUCAUGAAAGCUUUAGAGGUUUGAUGCUACAUGUUAUCAUAACCCCCUACAAACAGUGUGUUGCUGUUAGGGUGAUUAUAAGCUUAGGAGGAGGAGGAGGAGGAGGAGGAGGGGACCCCUGCUCACAAGGCCCAACCACCACUUUUAAUUUUCGUCUGCACAUCCUAAUCCGAAAGCCACAUUGAACUUGAAAACAAGCCAUCUGUUCCUGCCCUUACCUGGCCUACAUUAGCCCUGUGCACACACAAUCUCUGGGAAAACAUGGCAGUGCAAAUUAAUGUCUUGCACUGUCAUCAUCACUGUCAUAGAGUCCAGCCAUAAAUAAGGAGGAGUGCUAGAAUUAAAGAGAAGCUGUCAUGGUAGAGGAAGUAAAGAAAUAUAACAUGAGGGGCACCAUUGAGGCUGCAAACUCACCAUUCAGCACCACAUACUGAGUCCUGCUCCAUGAUGAGGCUGUAAAUGCAUUACAGUGAUUUUUUAAUCGACCGUCUACUCAUCGUUUCAGAACUAAAGAGAGCAUUCAGGGGAUAAAACAGACAUAAACAGGCUUUUCGGCUCUAUUUGCAACAUGUUAAGGUAUGAUGCUGCCCACCCAGUUCAAUACCAAGGACAGCGGCCGACGCACGGAGAGCCUGACAGCCAUGACAACACACAUGCACUACAAAAUGACUGAUUUAUCUCUGCACGGAUGCAUCGUAAGCAGCGACGCAAACCUGCCCUGAAUGACACUGCUGUUUCAACGGGAUUGCAUGAAACCAGUGGGGCAUCCAGACAGGGAUACAAACUAAACCCCUCAGAGAAGCAUUUCGCCUUUCCAAAGCGGCGUUUUUGCCCCCCUGCAACAAGAAGCAGCAGCCACAUUUACGCCAAACAGACGUCGUCAAAGCGCGUGUGUGUGGAAUAAAAGGAUUCGUACGUACCUGCUUCCCGGGGUCGAAGAGCUCACAUGUCCCGUUGCUUAUUUUGGUCUGUUAUUGUGUGUAGUAUUAUUAUGGUGGGCAACGUUAUGUGUCUGCCAGCGCCAUGUUAUUCUCAGUGAGAGGAGGACUGUGCGGUCCUGUGCGCUACAUCCGGGCUGUUGAGGAGAGCGAAUGGGCGCAGUGUGUGGCGACGGAGAGGGCGGAGAGCGCUGUGGAUAUGUGGAGCACCUGUGCAACAGAGCAAGGGCAACUUUCAGACACGACCACUCACUGUGGACAUUUCCACACACGUUUCAGGUCAGCAUCAUAAAGCUUUUUUUUUUUUUUCCUAUCUAAAACGGGUAUUUGACCAUUAAUCUCAAUCACGUUGGCAAGAUAUGGUGGAAAUACCAUGACUAGUAGGGGAGAGUGGGGUAAGUUGAGCCAAAGGGUAAGUUGAGCCACCCCCUGUUGCUUGGAAAUUGUAAAAGAAAUUGAUCAUGUGACCAAAUAUUGAGGAGAUGGGGAACAAUUCAUGGAGUCUGUGAAGGUUAGAAGCACAUGGGUGAAGAGGGGUUAGAGAUUAAUUUCCAAAAAAACAUUUUUCACUCCUGAAAGUGAAUUUAGUCUGUCAUAAAUUUUAUUAGAAUUGUGUUCAGACCAAAAAAGAUCAUUUUAAAUUUGUUUUAUACAUCAAUUGUGGUAUCUAUGAGCUACAACAUGAGGUCAAAAACCAAGCAUUAAAGUCCACCAUUUUAGCUUAGAGGACUAAUAAAGUCAUAAUAAUAUUACCGUAUUUUCUGCACUAUAAGGUGCACUAAAAAUCCUUUUGGCUUGUCGGAGCCAUAGACUGUAUAUAGAAUGGACAGAGUCUGCCUCCUUACUGGAUAAGGCCAAUCCGAGAACAGCACCCUCUGUUGACGGGCUGCAGUAUAGGUCCUAGAUCCCGCCUCUGCCAGCCAAGCUUAUGAAGCUGUGGACAAACUUUAGAAGUUUAUUACACAGAACAUACAUUUUUCUCCCCCUUGCUUGUGAUGUUGACAUGUAGUUACAGUAAGACUGUUUUGUGCUCAAGUCCUUUUUUUUCUGUGAAGCUCCGUUUUUAAAAGUUAUUAUGGGGUUCAUGUUUUCUUUGAUUGACACCUGGGAUUCAGCUCAACUUAACCCGCUCCUAUGGUCAACUUACCCCAUACACGGGGUAAGUUGACCAUAGGAGACCACUUUUUUUGGCAUGCUAUAUUAUCAAGACAGUUAUGUUUACACUCAUUCUGUUGGUUUGCAGGGAUGCACAACAUCCUGAAAUAUAUGCAGAUACACGAGUUAGAGACAAAACUACGAUUUCCUUGAUGUAGUGAUCCAAAAUAGGCCUAAUAUUAAAAGUAUAGUUUAUCAAAAAGCUGCAAACAAUUGCUAAAUUGUUUAAACAGGUUGGAUCCUAUUAAUUUAUUCCCAAAAAUGGUUGUUUGAUUUGUUUUGCUGAUUGCUUAAUCUAAGUUACAGGGGUGGAUCCAGCCUUUCUGAACCGGGGGGACCAAAUGUGGAACUUUCUCUGCAAAGGGUGGCAUAUAAAUUCCUUUAAACAUAUCAAUGAAUCACUAGCAUUUGUUUACUCUUACUGUCUCCACCAAUCACAUCUAAUGCAACCUAAAAUGCUUCAUUCCUGUUAGUCUACUGUUUUCAGAGGCUAGAAUAAGUGGGGAUAUUUAAUCUAUCAUCCAGUGCUUAAAAUGUUCAUUUUGAAGAUGUUAGCUAAGGCAGGAUAACAAAAAGUUACAGGCUGAAAGUAAAAAAAGUGAACAAAGAGUUAUUAAAACGUUGGUUAAUAGAUAGAUAUGUGGUGUGCUUGUCAUGCUAAGGAUGUUUUCAUUACGUAGAUGGUUGAGCUAGAUGACUGAAAAGUUUAAAUGCAAGCUUAAAGUUAACAGUCAAAAUAUAUGAAGACUUGCAUUGGAUAGGGUGAAAUAGCUUGAGUGCAGUGUUUGCAGUACCUAGAUAAAAUGAAAUGGCUGAAACACGUGAAAUAUUUAGCCAGAGGGUGCCAAACAUUAUAUCCAGUCUUGAUGUAAAUACGUAGCUAAAUCUGGUUAAAACAAAUGUACGUUCAGUUCAUUUAUAGGAUUUUCAAGUGGAGAGAUUACAUAGUGGGUAAGAAUGUAGAGCUAGCUAAACCAAUACAAUGAGUAGAUUGUUAAACUUGCUGAAAGUAAGAGAAAAUUAUUAAAAUAGCUGAAAAAGUUGAUGGUUUUGGUAGCCAGGUACAGGUAAAAGGAAAGAAACACAGGGCUGAAAGAAAAAGAAAUGAAUGAAAAAGUAAAAAUAAAAGGUAAAAGUGACUUAUGAAUGCCUGCAGGGUUACUACGCUGCUCACUGAGUAUUGAAAACACUGCACCUAGUCCCAGAUUUGCUUUGUAACAGUGAUUCAAGACUUUGCAAAAUAUAAGAACUAAAAUUUAUGCUUUGAAAUCAGCCAAAUUCAUUCAUUAUUUAAUCUUUAACAGAACUAUUUAACUUGCAUUAAACCAAAACUUAGCCUUUUACCCUUUAAGUUCUCUGUUGUAUCAAGUAGUCAUUUUUCUGCUUUCAGAGAGUACGGUAAGGCAUGAGUGUACAUGAAAGUGUUUCUCAUGUGAAGCCAGACGCAGGCUGUAGCCCCAGAGCAUUGAGGAUUCACACAGUGUGACAGCCUCCGCCAGCUCCGACGGUGUCACAGCCCUCAUUGAUCUCCCAUCUCUGAUUCUGACGAGCCGCUUGUAACACAGGCCUCUUCCCCAGACUACAGUAAGUGAAUGCGCAAGGGCAUAAGUCAAUUCCUCCCACUGUGACAGGAAAGUCUGACUGUCUGGUUAACUGAGGAGAGAAUGAAAGAGGAGGCAGAGAGUAUCCAUUAUAACUCCAAGGUCUGGCUCUUUGUGUUGUUGUUUAACACAGAGAUCAAUGAAAGAGCUGCUUCAUCAUGUCCUUCCAACUCCGCUCUGGCUCAAUGGCUGAUAAAUUUCACCAGCUGACUGCCUUGCUACAAUCUUUUAUCUUUAACCAGCAUGUCAUUCAGGUGGAGACCCUAAAACUACCGGCAAAGGGAGUUUGGAAACGCAUUCCUGAUCUCAUAUGUGCAGCGCAUGUUGUAGCAUAGACGUGAUACCUGCAAAAGAAGGCAUGCACUCAGCAAACAGAGACAUUUUUCAUCCCGGUGUGAUCUUCCCUUCACUCAAAUGAUCUAUCCUUGGGUGACGAUACUGUCCUCGCCUCCUCUGUCUCCCAUGCGGCCUCCCUACCACCCAUAAAUCCUCCUGGGAAAUGUGAGCCAAGACUGUGGGAACACCCCUUCAGCUCAGGCUGCGCUGCACUUAUUAUGGGCUUUAUGGAGCCACAUCUAUCCUCAUAUAGCCAGCCACGUUGGAGGAAGGUGGAGUGAGGCCUGGAGAUGCGUUUUUAUAACUGGACUCUAUAUAUUGCGAGACAGUGGAGCUUUUUACCUCUCAGAGAUGAACCGUCUUUCAUUUUUAGAAAUGUUUGUGGGAGGCAGAAGAGGUGUGAAGUGAUCCUUCACCCUAAAUAUAUCUUAAAGGAACAAAAUAGUCCUGUAUUUGAGCUGUUGCAUCACACUUUGGAGAGGUUUGCUGGCUUGAUGUGGCUGUAUUUGAACCAAUUAAGCUAUACUUUAUUUAACCACAUCAAAACUUAUAUCCUGACUGCAUGAGAGGCACUUGGCAGCAGUUGAUGGGCUGAAAUCUGUAAUGAUACCACCAUAACAACAAAAACAUAACCGUGGCAAUAAUGGAUGAUAAGAGAUUUUUAUCAAAGUCCUUUAUGCUGCAGCUCAAACAGGAGAAACAGGAGUCAUGUCGGUCAUGUCAUGCAUUUACGUUUGUAUUUAUAUCUUUAAGAAGUCUGCUGAUCCAGUAGCUCGAUAUUUACUCAAAGCCCCCCCUCCAGCCUAAAGCCCUCUGUAGAGUAAGGGUUACUCACCGCAUGUUUACUACCCCCUAUAUGAGAAUUUGACGUCUCCAUCUAGUGGCGGAUUAUGGGAGCACACGGGUCACAAUCAUUUCAAAGUUGCAUCCAUGGCAGCUGGUUGAAUCUACAAUGAAACAUAAAGCACAACCUCUCCGAGAGAAUAAUAUCCCCCUUUGUGAGUUUAAAUGAUCUCAUCGUGAUAUAAUGAUGAUUUCCACACACAUGUACUCACAAAUACACACAUAAACACACACAGGUUCCUGUUAAAAAUGUGCUGCUGUCCCCAUGGCAACUGUAGCAAUUUCUUUGAAACCAUCCUCUCAGCUUUUACUCCACUCUUACACACACUCUUUGAUUUUAUCUCUCCUCGCCGCGCACUCCUUCUUUAAAGGCGCACGGCCACAAGUUAUUAAGAAACACUAUCUCAGAGAAAACACUCAGAAAAUGUUACCUUUAAGUGAGGAUUACUUUAUAAACCUGUCUCUUUUAUACUCCAAUCAACCUGUUAUUGCAUCUUUCAAAGGACAGAAGUGUUGAGGAGGAGUGAAAAAGAGGGGAGGAAGGAGGUAAAGAGGUUGGAGUUUACUAGUGUUGGAAGCAGGCCCAGAGCUUAUCAGAGGCUAAUGCCACCGCUGUCGCUCUGGAAAACCCUGCUCCUGCCAGAUUGCUCUCUUCUGCCUAACAGCAGCACGCCUCACAGUUUCCUCCUUCUCCCUCAACUCCCUCAUUGGCUGCAACCAGAGAGGGAGAUCUCCUACAAGUGACAUCAUUACUACCUUUCCCAUCACAGCUCCUGUCAUGACCACAUGCUGAACAUCCGCUCCAAUUAAGCGCCCUAUCUGUUCUCCAAUUUCACUCACAACUGGAGUAUCGGUUUCACAUGCAGGAGGGUUUCAGAGCAACUGUAUCCUCACAUUGUUCUACAGAAGCAGAUUGGCUUAUGUGUGUGUGUGUGUGUGUGUGUGUGUGUGCGUGUGUGUGUGCCGAAGAAGAGAUACUAGUUCCAGCUCCUGACAGGCUGGACCUGGAGACAAACCACGGACCAAAUGUUCAGGAUUGUUUCUUGGCAGGAAAUUUCUUCUGACAAUAUGCAGCCCAAACAAAACAAUUUCCUAUCAUCCUCUCUAAACAAUUCAUUUUUGUGGUUUCUGAAGUCUGAAAAUAUGACCAUGUGAGCCUUCUUUCAAAUGAAACUGUCUGUUUGUUUCAAUAUAAGGGACAAAGUUUAUAUUCAAAAGUUCUUGUCACAUAAAUCCAUCAGAUAUAGGUUUGCAAAGGGGCGGAACAUUUCCGGCAAAUUUCCAGAAACUUUCCAUGGGUAGUUAAGCAGGGGGAAUAUUCCAAAUUGGAAACUUUCCAUGGGAAUUAUGGGAAUUUUGGGGAAUUAACUGGAAAUUGGUGGUAAUUUAAACAAACUGUAUCAUAUCCAAACAUAAAUGUAAAUAUUUUUUGGUGCUUUGCAAUAUGCUGCUGCAUUUCUGUAUCAUUCUCCACAUACGUCUUUCCACAAUAUUUACACAUAUAUCAUACAUAAAAUAACACAUUUACACAAAGACUUUCCUUCAACAUUGGCUUUGUGAAAUGCUUCCACACAUCAGUUGGCGAAGGUGGCAUUUUUCUGUAGAAUAAAAUAACAAAAAAGCUUGUAAAAACACAAAUGCAGUGGCAUCAACAAUAAUAUAGUUGGCUAAAAAACUGGAAUGGUCUUCAAAUAUUUUGCAAUUUAUGUAUAACUUAUUGUAUGGUUACAGAAAACCGUCUUGCAGGAGUCAGAAGAAACAGCACCACCAUAAUAAGCUAGCCCCUUGAAUGGUCAAUGACAUGAAAAAUAGCUUACAUUUAGCACCUAUUUUUAUUAAAUGUUUGCAAGUUGAAUAUGAAUACUAUUAUAGAUCAAAACUUAUUUGACUUUAUAUAGUCUGUGGGCUCAAAUGUCUCGUGCUUUGGGCACAAAAGUGUGGCCUCCAGGGUUCAAGAAAUCAUCUGUGUCUGUGAGGAAUCCACAGUGCGUGUAGGGGGUGCGGCCUCAAUAGCCCUGCAAUAAGCAGUGUGCUGUGUGCAUGUGAUUGAGGAGUGUACUUACAGUAAAUCUGGUUGUUUUAGCCAAAAUUAUGCUACAAUAUAUUUUCCCCAACUAUAUUAAAGUUCCCUGUUGAGGGCCAAUCUUCAAUUUUGUGAAUUUUAGAUUUAUUUACGUUAAUUCCCAUUAAAGGUUUCCAACUUUGAAAAUUCCUGGAAUUUUGCAACCCUAAUCAGAUAUGAAAGCUUCAAAAGCUUCAUUUGACCUUUUGAGCUUCAUGGUCACUCUAUUUGUUUCUCUGUUUGCUUUCUGAAAGCUCUCAAGAGUGAAAUAAUAUCUCUGAAGCAGCUGACAUGUUUACCACCUUGUCUCUCACAUUUUCUGUCUGAUCUUUGGUGCCAAAGCAGUUGUCGCAUGGUGGAUUAUCAGGGACUUUUUCUCUUAUAAAAACAGCUCCCAGGUGCAGUUGAAACCAAGACUAAUGAGAGCUGAGGGAGUUCAUCGCGAGAGUAAAGUUAUGGGUUGACAAACUUAAGGAAGAAACUGUGCGACACUGAGCUGGUCUGUAAAGCUGCGGGGAACUACAGGGACAAAAGAUAAAAGCUGCAUGUGGUUUUUUAGCUCAUGAAACCCAAUUAUCGUUAUUUGGUCCAUAGUGUAACUGAAAAUACUGGUUAGUGCCUGCGGUAGUCAGCUAGAUUGACCCGCUGUCAAAGUUCAUGACUUUUACAUCAGUAUUAAUUAAAGAGAACAAAUCACUUUAUCAUAAAUGGGUUUAAUUACUUGUCCAAUUUCUGCUUAUUUCAGCUUUUGCUCUACACAACAUUUCCUGUUCUGCAUAUGCAAAUAAUAAACAUUUAUCUGUUUAUAAUUUAAGUCUUGGAGCCACUCGAAAUCUAUUAAAAAAUGUUUCAAAAACUGCACAGUUUGCCUUGUAAUGGCUUGUAGGAGAUGAGGAGACAUUAGGAUCUAAUCAGCACAGAUGCUCAGUUUAACCGAUCCUGCUGCUGCUGCCUCACAAACACAAUCCCGAUGCACACACAGGCGCACACACACUCACCCACACAGACAGACAAAGCUGGAGGCGCCAACUUCCAAAAUUGUCCAAGCGGCUGCACCCUUCACCGGCCUAAUGUGUGUCACUGUGAGCCUCAGCUGACAUCCCGAGGUCAGACUGCAGGGCGCAUGCAUGAGGAAUUAAUGUGAGUGUGUGUGUGUGAGUGCGUGUGUAUACAAGUGCCUUUGUAUUGUUCAUCAGAGUAUAAAAUGGUAAGUGAGCUAAUAUUCAAGUGUUUUUUUGUUUCAGUAAUUAUGAGUCACAGCCCUCCCUCCAGCCCUGUGUGGACAAAACUCUACAAUGUUGGAGUUCUGUCAUGCUGUGAUGCUUAAUCAGCUCAUUAAUAAGAACAAAAGCCAUGUUUGAACACUAUACUUAAUCAGAUAUCGGAUACAAUUCUGCAUUUUUUCAUCAAACCAGCUUAAACCAGCACAACUAAAACUGACUAAAUAAACCAGAAUUUACCAUUACUAAUCAUAACUUAACUAAAUAUAUAGACUUGUUUAAAAUAAACCAGACUUAUCCUUCCUGCUCUAUCUCCAGUCCUCAAUCUGUAAAUAAAAGCCCAACCAAAAUUUACUCACAAACAUCAAACACAAACUGAUGUUAACCGAACUAAACUGAUUUGAACUGGAUUUAAAAUAACUCAACUCAAACAAAGGUACUUGGAUUACACUAAGCAAGAAUAAAUUACAAAAAAUAAGUUUCACUUAACUAAACUGAACAAAACUAAGCUUAACUCACAAGGCUACACUAAACAUAAACUAAGCUUAACCAACAUAAACCAAACUUGACUAAGGUAAGCCAAUCUAAACUAAACAAAUCUAAACCAAACUAAGUCGAGCUCAACUGAACAAAACUAAACUCAUCCUAACUAAACUUAACUGAAUCAAGCUAAGCUCAACCUGACCAAAUCAAACUAGCUAACUUAAAAUUAACCUAAUUAAACCUAACCAAACUAGUCGAAGCUACAGUACGCUAAACUAAGCCCUCUGUUAUAAAAGCCACUACAUUCAUAUUGUAUGUGAUGUGACAAAAUACAACAACAAAGAAUAAAAUAUAUCUCUAAAUCUUUAGUUACUUGUUAAGUUUUAUCAACAUAACACAAUCAUUAGCGGUUAACAAAUGAUUAAGUUUACAAUUAUUACUGAUUAGCUUAUAUAUUAAUCAGUUGAUGAACUUAGUGGCUCUGAGGAAAACCAGCAGGGAAAGUAGUUUGUGAAAAAUAAAGUGGACUCAGUUCAACACACUGAUAGAUGCACUAUAAAAGUCUUCUCCUGUUAGGUCAAAAGGUCAAAAUGCACAGCAGGAGUUACAAAGAGAUGUACACAUUUUAAAGAGGAUUUAUAUUCAUAUUGUGUUUCCACGUUUAGUUUAAAUUUUAGACCGAGUCUGAAAAGCCUGAUAAGUGUCAGGCGCUGGAUUCUUGGAAGAUUCGGUCUUUGCAUUCUAAGAAGUGUUUGCAGUUUUCAGCUCAGAUGAUGUUAAUCUAAUAACAGUGUGAGGACAACCACAGCAUCUGUCUGACUCCAUGCUGAGAGUGCCAUUUGUUAUGUCGUGUUACCCUGGAGACUUAUCAGAUAAUCAUGUGAAAAUGUAGUUAAAUACUAUCAAAGUUACGAAAUUCGCAGGAUUCAUUCACUAACCAAUCAGAGACAUACGAAUAUUGAAUGUGACGUUUAAUUGACCUCCCAACCCGGCGCAGCGACUCAACCUGGAUGUGAACUGUGUUGGUAUGUCUGACUGUUCAGCUGUCAGUGUCUUAGUCACUGAAACGCACAGAAAAGAGCUCUGAGCCCUGACAUCUCUGAGUGCUCUGUCUGCUGUAAUUGUGUUACUCAGAGUGUUACAGUCCCAUGACUGUCCCGCUCGAAACACACGAGUCUGCUGUCAGUGGAGUCGGCUUAAGUCAAGACAAGCAAAAUCCAAAGGGAUAUAACAAUUUACACAAUUAAUACUCUAACUUUUUAUAUAUAUAUGAUCCCCUAUCUGGCAUUUCACCCUUUUUCAAUUGCCACCCUUUAAUCAAUCGUGUUUGCAACUCUCAUCACUGUUUGACUACUGAGAUACGGUCUCCUUGGUAACACGUGAGGGUGUGGCAUCCUCCUCCGGCAGUGGAGUGAUGAGGUGAGGAGUGGCCAUGUGCUGGGAGAGUUUAGGGCCUAUAUAAGAGAGUUUCCACAUGUUUGGUUACAAGCUGACUGAUUGACUUGAACCUCGUCGCUGACUGCUUCUGUGUGCGUCCGGAUACUAAAGACAAGAAAAGGUAACUUAGUCUUUCUUCUCAUUUUUAGAUUUAUAUAGAGAGACAAAUAAAGCGUCUUUAUACCUAAUACUUUAUGUUUUAUGGUGGCAGGGGAAAGAGGUUUAAGAUUUAUAGGUAUGUAAACAUUUAAGAUAAUUCAUCAUAUUCAGAUUGUAAUCUAUCUUGAUAUGGAUACUGUGUCUUAUUAAAUGAUUCCUGUUUGUAGUUAAUCAUCCUUUUGGACAUUUCCAAUCACCAUAAAAUUACUUUAAGAUGUGAUUUCUCCUGUAAACUAUGAUUGAUUUGAAUCUUUAAAGGCACAGACCCAUUCAUAGUGAUACUGAUACUCAAUUUUUAGAAAUAAUCUGUUUUACUCUACAGAAAGAUAAUGAUAAUAAAAAUAUAUAACAAGAAAUUACACUUAGAUUCAGUGAUAGAGUUGUUUUUGUAAAUAAAAAAUGUGUUUUAAAUGGGCAAAUUAUGAAAAGAGACUGCUGUAAUUAUAGGUAGAGAGAACAAGAAGAGUUAUACAUUCAACACAAUGGCCAUAAAGAGUUUCAUUUUUCAGUACCAGUAAUUGAAUCUGCAGUCACAAGGACAGCUUUAUCUUACUGCUGUAUUGUCUGUAGUUGUUGUUAUUGCACAUUCCUCUCUGAGAGCGCAUAAGUCAUUGAUACAACCCUGAAUCGAUAAACUAUUAUAUCCCUGCAUGACUGGGUGUUUGCUGUGCUCAUCAUUCAAUCAGUGCAUUCCACUGCUUCAGUAAACAAUGCUUACCUGUGUAUGAAGAGACAGACGUUCACCCAGCAUUUGUAGAGUGCUCUGUAGAGUCCUCUGGUGGCCACAUGGAGAACUAAAUCUUCUCUCUGCAGCUCAUGCAACUCAGAGUUACUGAUGUGAAUGAUCUGUAUUUUCUUCUAGAUAGUAGAUCAAUUUACAUUUCAUUUCUUUAUUAUAUUAUAAAUCUGAUAAAGAGAUCUUCUUCUUCUUGCAGGCAGCAUGGAUGUAAGUAGUUCCUCAAAUUCUCAGAUCUCUACACUGGUAAGAAAGACGCAGAUCAAUUCAUCUUCUUCUCAAAUUUACCAUCUAAAUGUGAUUGUUUAAAUCUUUGCUUAUGUCAAACGGCCAUGUUUGCCACUGCAAGUUGGUGUCCUCCAUCCUGUCCACUCUUUCUCUGCCCCGUCUCUCCAUCCUGGCUCCUGACCCCUCCUCUCCUUCCCCGUCUUCCCCUCCUUCUCAGCACUCUGAUGCUAUGUGUGGCAGCUGCCCGUCCCCUGGUUCUGCCCCACAGCCUAACGGCCUCUGGCCCACCCUGCCUCCACCUUCACCCACAUUCCCUUCAUGGCCUGCUCAGCCCACCCAGCCAGCACCCUGCUGGCCCGGACAGCCCAACACGCCCUGCUGGCCUGGGACACAACCAUCUCCCUACUCUGUCCCUGCACCAGUUUCUGUUCCAGCUCCAGCCAUGACACCCACCCCUGCACCCGCCAUACCCGUAACCCCCGCCCCAGCUCCAGCUCCGGCUCCGGCUCCUAUUCAAGCCCCUGUCCCAACCCCAGGGCAGCCCUGCCACCCUUGCUGGCCUGGUCCCCAAUACCAGACUCCUCAGCUACCUGCUCCAAUUCAAACCCCAGUCCCUGGCCAAUACCCAACUCCAACCCCAACUCCGGUCCCAGUCCCUGGACCCUCUCCCUCUUCCAGGUGGCUCGCCCAUCCUGGUUGGCACAAUAACCCGGGACAGUCAGGAUGGCCUGGACAGAGUCCAAACUUUAUGCCUCCUCACUGGCUCCCACCUACAUCUGGACCUCUGGUGAGACUGACCUCCAUGAACCUCCACCCCUUUAGUGAUACACAUGAAAAAAAUUAUAUGACUGUUUUUGAUUCUUUCCCACAUCAUGGUGAACUUUUCCUGACCUGUUCCUGUUACCUGACCAAAACAAAAACUGUUUUUAUUAUUCUGACAAUUUUUUAACCCUAAAAUUUAGACAUGAUCUUGACAGGUGUGAAUUAAAAGCUGAAUGUUGAUUGAUAUAAAUCACUUUUGACAUCUGGACAGAGCAGAACAUGUUAAGUUAAAGUAAAAAAGUGCUGCGGUCACUCUCAAAAUAUUUAGAUCAGACUUCAACGGUUCCCUUUAAGAGUUCCCCGACUAUUUCUAAGUCAGAGUCGAUCCAUAAUUCUUCAUUCUGGAGUGUUUAAAGACUCACUGAAACAUGUCCCUCAAAACCCUCUUCUUCAAGUUUCAACUUGUGUUAAAGUUGUGUAUAACUGUGAUUAUUUAGAGCGUGCCAUAUAACCUGAACCUUGCCCGAGGAGUGUAUGACAAGAUGAUGAUGACCAUCCUCGGCCAUGUCAAACCUAACGCUAAAAUGUAAGUCCGAACACUAACUUCAGCUUGUUUGUUGGUUUAUGACAGAAGAGCAUUAAUAAGUCCUCACCCACUUUGGUCCCCUUUAGGUUCACGGUGAACUUUCUGAGAGGCAACGACAUCGCCUUUCACAUCAACCCUCGCUUCUGUGAGGCAGGGAAACAGGUGCUGGUCCGUAACCACAAAUUGGGGGAGCGCUGGGGUCCAGAGGAGAGGGAGCUGAAGCCGGGGCCCUUCCCCUUUGCCCUUGGGAGCCCAUUUGAGGUGAGCGCAGAAAGGGAGGAUUCGGGAUUGUGAAGCGGAGAUUACAGAGGCCAUGUGUAGCACGUUUACAUCAAGAAAUCAUUCUCAAACUUCCUGUAUGUUCACCUGAAACAAAGUCUGAGCUGCUGCCUCUUAUUGGCCAUAUUCACACAGCAACUGUUUCCCCUAACGUCAGUCUGUGGAUAGGAAGCUCAAAUGCUGCUAUGAUGUCUACAGAUGUCCCAGGCUUCCCACAUUAGCUUAGUCUGAGUAACAUCACUCCAACUCACUUCUCAGUAAUCUAGUAAACAGCAAAGAGGUGGACUUAAAGGGAUAUUCCAGCGUAAAAUUAAGUUAGGGUCAAACACACCUGUAACACCGAGUAAGACACCCCGUUAAGAGAUUAAUGCUGCCGACCGCUUGCUUCUCUAGUUAUACCAACUUUAGCAACGACCGCACAAUAGCAACACAGAGAGCCACGCAUUCAACCAAAAUGCCACUCUAUAGCCACAAAUAAUGCUCAGAACAGCACCUAACUUCAUCAACAGUACAUAUUGGUCCUAGCCAUAGUACCAGCCACCAAACAUCUUUUUAGCUUUGCCUAAUUUCUUAAGCAAAAAGACUAAACACAACUUACCUACUCUAUUCCAGCAGCCGCUUGUUUGUAGCGAGACCUCCGGUCGACUGCUUGGGGGGUGACGCAGCUCAAGGAAGAACAUUUAUGAUCAUUUCUUCAUGGAAAUGCAAUCAGACCGAGACGCUAAGGCAGAAGAACUACCAUGUCUGCAGCGCAAAAUGAUUAAUAUGGUGAUUAUUACUUUAACAAAAUGAUAAAGUAAUGAUCAUAAAUGUUUCUCAUGAGCUGCGUAACCCCACUAUAGUUGAUGGACUCGCCUGGAGGUCUCGCUACAAACAAGCGGCUGCUGGAAGAGAGUAGGUGAGUUGAGUUUAGUUUCUUUGCUAAAGAAAUCAGGCAAAGUUAAAAAGAUGUUUGAUGGCUACUGCUGUGGCUGGGACCCUAUAUAUACUGUUGAUGAAGUUAGGUGCUGUUCUGAGCAUUAUUUGUGGCUAUAGAGUGGCGUUUUGGUUGAGCGCGUGGCUCUCUGUAUUGCUAUCCUGUGGUUGUUACUAAAGUUGGUAUAACUAGAGAAUCAAGUGGUCAGCAACAUUCAUCUCUCUCGGGGGUGUCUAACACGGUGUUACAGUAUGUUUGACCCUAACUUAAUUUUACACCGGAAUAUCCCUUUAAGCUUUGUAUUCAAGGCUGUAUAUGUAUAUUUAAUUCUUCUCUAAAAGUGGCCAGUUUAAUAUAGGCUUUAAUAUAUUUAAGUGGACAUUACCUUCAGUAAGGACGUGGAUCAAGCCCAGAUUCAUCAUUAGGUAAUGUUUCAUGAAGGGGGGAAACAGUCGCUGCCAUGUGGACAUGGUGACUUGCUUUGUUAUCACAAACAAAUGGUACUAACAGAAGCUACUAAUCAUCUCACCACGAUUUUAAUGAUUUGUUGAUGUUACAAAAUGCUACACAUGGUGCCUCUUACUGAUUUAAGGCCACUUUCUCAUGGUUAACGUCAGGCUAACGCUGGGAAAAGAUGGAAAGGGUUGGAAAGUCGUUUGUGCAAGCGGGUCCUAGAAAAAGGAGCUGCUGCCCUGCAGGGAGCCUCCUGGAGGUCAGUGAGGGUCUCAUGUUGCUCAAUAACAUCAAACAACACGCUUUACAUGCACUGUAAAGGGGUUUUCUAAUCUGAAGCUGUCUCUAACAGUCUGUGUUUAUGUUCACUCGGAGCAAAAAAACAACCAUGUGCUCAGUGAGUUUAGUUUUCUGCUAUUAAGGAGCGGAGACAACUUCACUCAUUAUCUCCUCCAACAGUUUGAAGAUUUGACCCCGUAGAAUAAUUUAAUCACAUGUACUCCAGUCCUCAACCCUCAUGAAGAGUGUGCAUUUUCUGUGUUUGCUGUGUUCCAGAUGAAGAUCAUGUGCACCCGGGAUUCGUACAGGGUGGCCGUGAACAACCUCCCGCUGUUUGAAUUCAAACACCGCAUCACAGAGCUCAACCAGAUCGACAGAAUCAACAUCCUGCACGACGUCGUCCUCACUUACGUCAAUGUGGAGACACUUCCAUAAGACGGCCCUCUUUUACUCACACACUCCACACAUCAGUGCUUUAAAGGUGCAUGCAUGAGAGUGCAAGACUGCAUCAAGACAUGCACACACAUCAUCUAUGAGAGUGUGUGAAAUAUUUAUGACAUGAGCUGAGCUCUUUUCAUUAUAUCCCAUAAUAAACUUAAAUGACUCCUUUUUACACAUAGCUAUUAACCACUUAUUCACACGCACAA